AUGGCUUCCUUGUUAGUUGCUAACAGGAAAUCACUGGGUGGUAGCUGUUUUCCUAUUCCCAUCAAUCUGUCAGUCGAAACACAGCAGGUUUCUUUAGAACUGAAGAGGGUUCUUAGCAAGCAAAUGAAAAUGUUCUAUCACACGAUUGCUUUGCAUAAGCCAAUGUUUGGUCCAAUGUGUACCGACAAAUCGCGAGUUGUGAGACUGUCACGUGACCAGUUUGCCGUACCCAUAGCCGGAGCAAGUUGGGGGUUACGGGCCCGUACUCGUAGCCACUUCGUUCCACGAAACGAACAAGUUGGAGCGUCUAUGCCUAUGACAUCCACGAAUGCCUAUUCUCGCCUCAAUUCUGGACCGAGAGGAAGACAAGGUUUGAGAAACAAGUAUGUCGACGUGCUGAAUGCUGGCGUCAGCGGAGGCUUGUCGUCUCAUAGUUCUAUAGCUCCACUGCCAAGCCAACCGUAUAGCGGCACUCUGUUUGUUCCACAAUCACAGACAAUACAACAGGCGACGCGUUUACACAAUAGUCUGCCAAUGGUUCAGAUCAAGUUACACAGUCAAGUGAUGGACAGAUGUCACACCUACACGUCGGAUCGACAACUUCCGGUCUCCCAUCAGCAUCACAUCUACAGCAAAUACCCGGUGUAUACAACAACAGUGAACCAACAAGAGGGUUGUCACCAGAGAGAAUGUUGACGACGAGCGAAGUCAGUGAGUUUUCACUGGAAGUCAGACAGCAUAUGGGAUAUCCAAGACCGACAGAAAACACACCGACUCAUCAUGCCGGUCAGAUCCCGAUGUACUCAUUGUCCAGGCUCCUUCCCGCUUGCAGUGCGCGUGCGCAGCCUCAACAACGCGGUCGAUUCGGAAACGUCAGGCCUCGAUAUGUUGGGAUGGGCGUCUCAUCGAAGCCUCCGACCACCAUGUAGACAGAGAGCGGUCGUCGUCAACGUUGAAUAGUAGGAAAACACAAAUGUAUUUUGUUUACGUUCUCUUCGUGUCUCUCGUUUUCGUAGAGUACUCGAUAUAUCUUGUAUCUGUAGGACGUACUGUACUGUCGCAUGCACAUGUAAUAUGAUGUGCCGACAGGACUGAUUAAUUAAUUGAGAAUAAUUUUAUUGAGUGACGAACCAAAAUCGUAUCUGCACGAGCAUU